AUGACAAUGAGCGGAAAUCUUCUCAUCAUCCUUUUGGUGUCAAACAGUCGUCUCCUGCUCUCCCCCAUGUAUUUCUUCUUGGGCCACCUGUCAUUUUGUGACUUCUUGUUCACCGCAAACAUUGUCCCAAACAUGAUCCACCUCACGCUAAAAGAAGGAACCAACAUAUCCUUCCUCGGCUGCUUUACACAAUUUUAUAUAUUUGGCUGCUGCACCACAGCAGAAUGUUACCUUCUAACUGUGAUGUCCUACGACCGAUACUUGGCCAUCUAUAGCCCGUUGCGUUACGUGUCCAUCAUGCCCUUUAAAAGAUGCCUUCAUUUAGUCGUCUCGUCCUGGUUGUUUUCCUUUCUAGUUGUAUUAAUUUCUCUUGUUCUACUUGCUACGUUAGACUUCUGCGACCCGCUCAUCGAUCAUUAUUAUUGUGACUUCAGUCCUAUAGUGAAGCUCUCCUGCACAGACACGUCGGCCAUCGAGUUGGAGACAUAUUUGGUCACUGGCUUCAUCGUUCUCCUACCGUUCGUGUUUAUCGUCGUCACGUAUAUUUAUAUCUUCUUCACUAUCUUUGCGGUGCCUUCUAAGACGCGCCAGAAAGCGUUCUCCACCUGUAGCUCCCACCUGGCUGUUGUGUGUUCCUAUUACGGGGCUCUGAUCAUUAUUUACUUGGCCCCUUCCAAUGGACUCAACACCAAUAAGGUCAUCUCUCUUUUGUACACGGUGGGGACGCCAUUAUUUAACCCCAUUAUCUACAGUCUGAGGAACCAGGAAAUUAGAAAAGUGUUUUCUCAAUUGUAUGCAGUUAUAAAGAAACAUGUCCUGUAA